UUGUGCAGAACUUCCUUAUUCGCCUACAGGCUUUUAAAUUCUCGUAGUGUCCUCAAGAAAUUUUCGUCCGGGAUGUCUGACGAACGAGUUCAUGGUCAACAGUCAUCUACUUCAACUCAGGUAAAUCAAGACAAAUUGCAAAUUUCGACGGGCUCAUCGUCUACUUCUGCCGAAGCGUUGUUCGGAGAAACGUGGGUGAGGCGAUGUUUUGGUCCGCAGAAUUCGUUCUUCAAUGGAAAUGUAUAUUACACAAGCGAACAUCAGGUACCGUUGGGAACCUUGGAAGCCUUAACUUCAUCGAGUUACGUUUCAAUGUUCGGCACAGAAUUCCGCGCCUCAGCUGGCAUGGAUGGCAACCCAUCGAACUAUCAGAGUAAUUAUUUCCACGAUCCUAUAUUCCGGCACUUGUACACGAGAGUGGUCACCAAUACAUCGGCUUCGAGUACCGCCUCGCAGGGUCUCUUUCUGAGUCUACAGCAGCAGUAUCCGAACUUGUACCCACAGACAUGCGUGAAUUGGAAUUCCUACGGAAACGAAAAUUGGCCGAUGCAGAUAACCUAUUCGAAUUACACGAAACACUGUAGUUCGGGGGGCAUUCAGGCAUCAUCAGAGCAACAUGCUGACCAGCCUUCAGAGCAAGCGAAUCAUGUUCGUCGUUCUUCGACUUCCUCAAAUCGAUGGCGUCAUCAUUCAAGAGCCUCUGCGAGAAGUCAAGCUCCUGUUCUGCAUCACGCUGCAUAUCCGCCAUUUUCCAAGAAUCCGAUUAUCCGGGAACCAACCAGUUCGAAUACUGAUGAAAUGUUUGGCAUUGGAGCAGGAUGGCCGUAUGUCACAGCGCGUGGAACAAUUGCUUUGCGAUUGAAUUGCAAUGUCAUAGUGGAGAUUACGUGCGAUGAGUCCAUCCGACUAAUCAAUUACCAGGAUAAAGUUUUGCUGACGGUUAAUGCAACCGGACAAAAUUCAGCGUUGGUGCAUCCAUACGGCCGAGUCCAUCAGAACGAUGGAAGGGUUGAGAUUGUCAUUUAUGAACCGGACGGCAAUCAUAAGUUUGCGAAGAUGUGGUACAAAGGAGUCAGCUUCACCGCCGACCAAUGUUCGCUUGUUUAUCUGGUCGACGAAGGUGGUACCCGUACUACUGCGGAUCGUUUCUCUCCGCAACUUCACGCCCCGGCAUUCGCAACCUCUCAAGUUUUUUUGGGAGGAGCGUGCUAUGGUUGCGAAACUGCAUUUUCGCAAUGUUACGUGAUUUUACAAGAGUCAUAUGAUUAUUGCCGAUUGAAGAGUGGAACUGAGGUUUGGGUCAUCAACAAUGUGAGGGUAACCAUGACUGAGGACCAAGUGGUAACGAAGAUUUUGUAUUUCUGCUGCUGGUGGGGUUUCGUGUUGAAAAUUAUUGACUACCUAUGUGAUACGACUGCGAGCUUUGAGGACGGGUGGGUCCGCUUCGAAUGGUCCGGUCAGGGUUCGAUUUUGCGCUUCGGGUAUUCAAUUGUGAUCCAGGAACGAGGGGAGGACGAGACAAAUGCCGUGGAAUUUUCGAUGACUCCAAUUCUGCCGUGGAAAACCGAAGUGUUUCUAACUUAUGGUUUUCUGUUCAUUCGAAGGCAUUCACGCAAUGGAUUCAUUCGUACUCGUGAAUUAGACAUGAAAAUGCCUGUGUUGAAUGGAUUUUCCAAAGCUCGGACGAGUGAAUUGGAAGAUAUCUUGGAAAAGUUUGAAAAAGCGGGAGAAGGCGGAAUACAGCACUUGACGUCCGUUUCAAGUAGGAUUGACAGGCUGAAAGAUGACCUUAAUCCCAUGCUCGAAACCAUCGAGCCCCUGAAAGUCAAACUCGAAAAUGUGAAGAAAGCCCGAGCAGUUCUAGACGAUGUCAGCAAGUACUUCAGAGUUACGGCGCAAGUCGAUGAAAAAAUUCGUAAUGGAACCGGAGGCAGUGGCUCAGGGUCGAUUCCCGGGUUGAACUUAUACUUGAAUGCAUUGGAUCAAUUGUGGGAUGCCUGGCACUACUUCCAUCUCCGAAAUCCAGAACAUCCCGAGUUUGACCGAGUUAAAAGUUUGUUCGAAAUUGGCGUUGGACAUCUGAAUACAGCAUUAGAGGACAUUUUAGUGCAACAUCGGAAGCCCAUUAUCCCUCCCCAAGUCAUUUGGGAUGCUUUGAUCGGAGAACAAGAUAGAGACGUUGUUCAGGCGAUGCUGAAGUAUGAAGCUCCUGUACUGGAUACCGUCGUCAAACUAUGUUCUUGGCUGGCCGCUCAUAAUCAAUUUGGUUUCACCCAGAUUUAUGCAAAAACGAGGACUGGGAAUGUUAUGAAGGGGAUUCUUCAAGUUAGCGAGUUUAUUAAAGCUGACAUUCUGUCGGAGAAGAUCGGAGGGGCCGUGUUGCAUCCAAGGCCGAACGCGAAUAGAUUCGAAAAGAAAGGAAGUGGAAGAUCUAGGUGGGUGGAUCAUUUGUCCCGUUCGGUUACACACUGGGCAGCCUUAGUUGGGAACAACGGUAGUGCAGGAAAGUCGGGUUCUGCAGCGCAGAGCAUGACUGGUUCUGGUUCUGACGUCGCUGCAAUGCUAGACGGUGAUGAAAGUGAUGAUGUGGCUUGGGACGAUUCAUCCAUGGAUUGGGCCGGGCCAGGAGUUCAUGGAUUUUUAGCCGCCGUGGGAGCCUUCGUUGUUUUGGCCAUGGCCGAAAUUAAUUUGGCCAAGCAAUUGGUGCCUCCUGAAUUGCUCACGAAAGCCGUAGAACCGAUACUGAGCGACGGUUUGGACGUCAUAGUUAGAGAGGGACAUGGGCUCGUUGCUCAGUUGCAACCAUCUUUGUCAAACUCCAUAUUCGUCGUUUUCCUGUUAUUCAGCCGUUUGUUGAAAUUGAAAAAGAGUGUGGACCAAGUUAUUCAGAACUGCGCACCGCUAUUGGCAGACACGUAUUCCAAUCUUUUAAGCACCUUCAGAGAUAUGGAGGGUCAAAGUUUGGAAGAAUUGAUUGAUGGAAUCAAAAGUGACCCAGACAAACACGUACCGUCUGAUGGCACAGUGCAUCAAUUGAACUCGAAGGUUAUGUGUUUCUUGGAAGACCUAUCCGGAUCAGUGGACGCUGUGGGCCAGGUACUCAAGGACAAGCAGAUUUAUUGCAAUGCUGUACAAAAAAUUCCUCCAGAUGUGGACAGGAGUCGCGCUCUUCUUGCUGUUUAUCUCACGAGGGUCGUGUCAGCAUUGAAAUCGGCGCUAGUUAUGAAGAGUGAAAGUUAUGGUGACAACGUUUUGAAAGCUGUUUUUCGACUGAACAAUUUCAAGUACAUGCUGUCCACUAUGCGAAGAUACAACCUUGUGGAUAUCAUUCAAAUUUACCAACCGGAAUGCGAGCAAAUCUUGGAAGAUAAUGUCGAGGAACAAAAGCGGAUAUAUUUGCAUAGCUGGAGCCGUGUGAGUUCAUAUCUAAUCAACUGCGAAGUUGCUCCGAAUAACCUGCUUAGUGCCAAGCCAAAAGAGAAAGAUCGUCAAAUUUUGAAAGACAGAUUCAUGGGAUUCAAUAAAGAUUUCGAAGAUUUGGUGCGCGUUCAGUCAGCAUAUGCUGUGCCUGACGCAAGUUUGAAGCAUAUGCUCAGGCAGGAAAAUGUGGAAUAUGUUGUCCCGAAAUACAACGCUUUUUACACAAAAUUUUCGGAGCUUCCAUUUACGAAGAACCGAUCGAAGUAUGUGAAGUACACCCCGAACGAGGUUGCAGCUAUGAUCGGCCGAUUGUUUGAGGGUAUUAGCGGCUAAGUUACGGAAUUCAGCAUUAAUUCAAGUCGUUUCCACUUAUCUACAUACUCAUUCGGAUUACGUCCGAGUAUUGCCCAUAGUUCCUUUGAACCCUUCAAAACUACGGAGACUUUGUGAUUAUGCUGUAAAUUCUGCAGCGUAUGCCUGAUUGUUGAUGAUUGAAUGUGUGCCCAAAUGAGACACGCUAAACUAUCGCGGUAAUUUUUUUAUGGUGUGAGCAAUAUAAACACAUGUUCUUUGUGAAACACGAAA